AUGUCUACUGAAUCCGCUUUGGCUUACGCUGCUUUGAUCUUGGCUGACGCUGAGGUCGAAAUCACCUCUGAGAAGUUAGUCACCUUGACUGGUGCCGCUCACAUUCCAGUUGAAGGUAUCUGGGCUGACAUUUUCGCUAAGGCUUUGGACGGUCAAGAUUUGAAGAGCUUGUUGGUCAACUUCAGCGCUGGUCCAGCUGCUGCUGUCGGUGGUGCUGCCUCCGCUGGUGCCGCUGCCGGUGGUGAUGCUGCCGCUGCUGAAGAAAAGGAAGAAGAAGCCAAGGAAGAAUCCGAUGACGACAUGGGUUUCGGUUUGUUCGACUAA